GUCACCAUACAGCACUCAGGUGUGCCUCCGUAUACCGAUCAAAUUGCUGAGCAGUUUGCAGGUCGCGCUUGCGGAGGGAUUCUCGAUCUCUACGUCGGGUACGACGAACGAGGUCUCGACGAGAAAUCACGCAAUUACACGACAUUCCAGACCCUGUUCGGAGCACAUCGCCUCAUCACCCUUCCGAUGGGAUGGACAAACUCGGUGCCUAUUUUCCAUGAUGAUGUUACUCACAUCUUGCAGCCCGAGAUUCCCGACACAACAAUACCCUUCAUCGACGAUGUUCCCCUCCGA